AUGAAUAUUAUCUUGGAUCUCCUCCUGCUUCUCAUCAUCAUCAUCUACUCCUACUUAGAAUCCUUGGUGAAGGUUUUCAUUCCCCAGAGGAGAAAAUCUGUGGCUGGGGAGAUUGUUCUCAUUACAGGAGCUGGGCAUGGAAUAGGAAGGCAAACUGCCUAUGAAUUUGCAAAACGGAAGAGCAGACUGGUUCUGUGGGAUAUUAAUAAGCAUGGCGUUGAGGAAACUGCAGCUGAAUGCAGAAAACUAGGGGCCAUUACACAUGUGUUUGUGGUAGACUGCAGUAACAGAGAAGAGAUUUAUGACUCUGUAAACCAGGUGAAGAAAGAGGUGGGUGAUGUAACUAUUGUGGUGAAUAAUGCUGGGGCAAUAUAUCCAGCUGACCUUCUUAGUACAAAGGAUGAAGAGAUUACCAAAACUUUUGAGGUCAACAUCCUAGGACAUUUUUGGAUCACAAAGGCACUUCUUCCAGCGAUGAUGCAGAGAAACCAUGGACACAUUGUCACAGUGGCUUCAGUAUGCGGCCACGGAGUGAUUCCUUAUAUUAUUCCAUAUUGUUCCAGCAAAUUUGCUGCUGUUGGCUUCCACCGAGCUCUGACAUCAGAAUUUGAAGCCUUGGGAAAAACGGGUAUCAAAACCUCGUGUCUCUGCCCAGUUUUUGUGAAUACCGGGUUCACCAAAAACCCAAGCACAAGACUAUGCCCUGUAUUGGAGACAAAUGAAGUUGCAAGAAGCUUGAUAGAUGGAAUACUUACCAAUAAGAAAAUGAUUUUUGUUCCAUCAUAUCUCAGUAUCUUCCUAACACUAGAGAAAUUUCUUCCUGAACGUGCCUUGGCAGCCAUAAAUCACAUACAGGAUAUUCAAUUUGAAGCAGUGGUUGGCCACAAAACCAAAAUGAAAUGA